AUGGCCGAUGAGCCUGAAGACGUGGGCAUUGACCUCUUCCAAGACCCCGAAGGCUUCUACGAACCAGAAAAAGAAGCCACCUUUGCCUCGCACACGCUGAAGUCUGGGAAGGAGCUCAACAUCAGAUUGGUCGGCCACAACCCACUGUGGGGACACUUUCUAUGGAAUGCCGGUCGAACUGUUUCAGAUUACCUAGAAGAGCGAGCACAUGAUUUACUCCAUGGAAAAAGCGUUCUCGAGCUCGGUGCAGGUGCAGGUCUACCCAGUCUUGUGUGCGCUCUCAAUGGCGCCAAGCGGGUCGUAGUGACCGACUACCCUGACGCUGAGCUCGUUGAGAAUCUGCGGUACAACAUCGACCACUGCGACCUACUGCCUAAUCGCGCUCAGGUCACAGCCGAGGGCUACCUAUGGGGCGCACCCACAUCGGAGCUGACGAAGCACCUUUCUGACGACAGCGGAUUCGACGUGCUCAUUCUAGCCGAUCUCUUGUUUAAUCAUUCCGAGCACACAAAACUUAUCAAGUCUGUGCAGCUUAUGCUCAAGAAGUCACCAAGCUCCCGCGCAUUCGUCUUCUUCACGCCUUACCGACCAUGGCUCCUCGAGAAGGACUUGGCCUUCUUCGACUUGGCGCGCGAAGCGGGCUUCCUUGUAGAGAAGACGUUUGAAAAGGUUAUGGAUAAGGUCAUGUUCGAGAAGGAUCCUGGGGACGAGUUAUUACGGCGGACUGUCUAUGGCUACGAGCUUACUUGGCCAUCAUGA